AUGCGCACUAGAAGCCGCCGCGCACCGCGCCUGCGCGAACAUGGCGGGCCUGGCGUCCUGACACCCGCGCUCUCGGUCCCGCUCGCCUCCCCGCUUGCCCCGAACGCGGGGCCGGUCGGGGGAAGAGGAGGAGGAGAAGUUGGUGCGCGGGGGCCGGGGCCGGGCGCGGGUUUCUCGGAACCGGCCGCGGGCCCCGCUGCGCUGCGCCGGCGAGCGGGUCGCCCGGGGGCGGAGCCGAGCGGAGCGGGCGAAGGCGGGAGAGCCGGCGGGGCGCGAGGCCGCAGCAUGAGUCAGCAGAAGCCGCAGCAGCACAAGCAGCAGCACAAGCAGCAGCCCAAGCUGCAGCCCAAGCUGCAGCAGAAGCAGCAGCCGCCGGCGCGCAGACUGCCCAGCCUGCUCGUGGACCCCGCGCAGGAGACGGUGCGCCGCCGCUGCAGGGACCCCAUCAACGUCGAGGGCCUGCUGCCAUCAAAAAUAAGAAUUAAUUUAGAAGAUAAUGUACAAUAUGUGUCCAUGAGAAAAGCUCUAAAAGUGAAGAGACCUCGUUUUGAUGUAUCACUGGUUUAUUUAACUCGAAAAUUUAUGGAUCUUGUCAGAUCUGCCCCUGGGGGCAUUCUUGACUUAAACAAGGUUGCAACAAAGCUGGGAGUACGAAAGCGGAGAGUCUAUGACAUCACCAACGUCUUAGAUGGAAUAGAGCUGGUUGAGAAGAAAUCCAAGAAUCAUAUUCGAUGGAUAGGAUCAGAUUUGAGCAAUUUUGGAGCAGUCCCGCAACAAAAGAAGCUACAGGAAGAGCUUUCCAACUUGUCAGCGAUGGAGGAUGCUCUGGAUAACUUGAUCAAAGACUGUUCUCAGCAAUUGUUUGAGUUAACAGAUGACAAAGAAAAUGAAAGACUAGCAUAUGUGACAUAUCAAGAUAUCCAUAGUAUUCAAGCUUUCCACGAACAGAUUGUUAUUGCAGUUAAAGCGCCAGCAGAGACCAGAUUGGAUGUUCCAGCACCGAGAGAAGAUUCUAUUACGGUACAUAUAAGGAGCACCAACGGACCCAUUGAUGUUUAUUUAUGUGAAGUGGAACAAGAUCACUCAAAUAAUAAAACGUCUGAAGGUGAAAGGGCCUCUUCAUCUAAAAAAAGCAAACAACCAAAACAGCCCGAUAAAGAAGAACAUCCUCUGCAGCAAAGCGAAGAGUUGCUUGAUGUGAGCACCUGAUAAUGUUUCAGAAUUCCUGGACUGGAUUUU